GCAGCUGGCUUUGUGUCCCAGGGGAACAGAGGACAGAAAGCCGCAUUCACCUUGUGAAUUUUGGGGUUUUUGCUGACUAAUGCUCUCCUUUUGCGUAAAGCCUCCUCUCCACAAAGAGUUUAACCAUCCAUGAAUUGUUGCCGGACAUCACCAAACCCUUCCUGGGUUUUUCCCACAGUAAACCUCUGCUGCUUUGGAUUUUUCUCCAUGAUGAAACCAUCAGAGCCAUUUGUCAUACCUUAUUUAGCAGGACCAGAUAAAAAUAUAAGCCUCAGCAUGAUCACCAAUGAGAUCUUUCCAAUUUGGACAUACUCUUACCUGGUGCUGCUUCUCCCCGUGUUUAUCCUCACCGAUUACGUUCGCUACAAGCCAGUCAUCAUCCUGCAAGGGAUCAGCCUCAUCAUCACCUGGCUGCUGCUUGUAUUUGGCCAGGGAGUGAAGGCCAUGCAGGUGCUGGAGUUCUUCUAUGGCAUGGUCUCCGCCACCGAGGUGGCCUACUAUGCCUACAUUUACAGCGUGGUCAGCCCCGAACACUACCAGAAAGUGAGCGGCUACUGCAGGAGCAUCACGCUGGUGGCCUACACGGCGGCCUCGGUGCUGGCCCAGCUCCUGGUGUCCCUGGCCAGCCUAUCGUACUUUUACCUCAACGUCAUAUCCUUGGUCUCCGUCUCUGUGGCCUUUCUCUUAUCACUUUUCCUACCAAUGCCUAAGAAGAGCAUGUUUUUUCAUGCAAAAUCCAGCAAAGAAGUACGGAAGCCACCGAACAAAAACAUGGCGUUAGAGGCAACUUACAAAGUUAACACAGCAGGCCGCAGAGAGAAACCCACUUCAGAAAUACCCACCAUUUCAGGGAACCUGGAUGGUGGUCCGUCGAGUGGCCUGAUGCCACGAAAUGUAGCGUUGAGUGUUUUUGUGCAGUGGUUCCAAGAUCUGAAGGAGUGCUACUCCUCAAAGCGACUUUUCUACUGGUCCCUGUGGUGGGCCUUCUCCACAGCAGGUUUUAACCAGGUUUUGAACUAUGUUCAAAUCCUGUGGGAUUACAAGGCACCGUCCCAGAGUUCUACAAUCUAUAAUGGGGCAGUAGAAGCUAUUGCAACAUUUGGAGGGGCUCUGGCAGCUUGCACAGCUGGUUGUGUGAAAGUCAACUGGGAUCUCCUGGGAGAGCUGGCCCUGGCGCUGUUCUCAGCAGCAGAUGCAGGUUCUCUACUUCUCAUGCAUUACACGACUAAUAUUUGGGUGUGCUAUGCUGGUUUCGUGAUAUUCAAGUCAAGUUACAUGCUUCUCAUAACGAUAGCAGCAUUUCAGAUUGCUGCUAAUCUCAGUGUGGAACGCUAUGCCCUGGUGUUCGGAAUCAACACCUUCAUUGCCCUGGCGAUCCAGACUGGCAUGACUGUAGCUGUGGUUGACAAACAGGGACUGGGGCUUCCGGUCAGCAUCCAGUUUUUAAUUUAUGGGAGUUAUUUUUCUGUUAUUGCUGGAAUUUUCCUAAUGAGAAGCAUUUACAUAAUCUAUUCAGCCAAAUGCGGAAAGGAAAAAUGUAGGUCUACUACUACUGGUCAGAAUCCAAGUGAACCGGAGAAUUCAAUGUCUGAUAUGAACACAGUAACACAGUUUUAGCCUGGUCUUUCCUACUAUGGACUCAAAGGACAGACGACUCUGAAAAUGUAUAGCGCUACACUACAUGGCAUUUUAAUUUUUUGUCCUAGAUUGAGAUACCAUAAAAGACAGGAUUAUCAUCAACCUCAUCAACACCACAUCAAAACCUCUGCUAUGGGCUGGUGAACUGGGUACAACCAAAAACUGGAGUCAACUAAGUUGAAACCAGCCAUCUUUAUGACCUCGGUGAGCAACUGGGACCCUAAAUACUGUUUUAAUAUCUUCAAGUCCACCCCAAAAGAACAUGGAAAUCAGAAAAUG